GUGAGGCGCUCCGUGGUGGGGAGAUGGUACUGAGUGGACAUGUUUCAGUAGACGACUCUUUCAGGCUGCUCUGCUGGAGGAGCAGUCUGUGUCUCUUGGCUGUGUGUUCAACAGUCUGCUGGUUCAGUCUGGAGCUCUGGAGGCUGGACGCUGAGUGAGGAGUGGACUUAUCUGUCAUCUCUGGAUUUCUCUUUGUUGUCAUUUUUCACUGUAUUGGUCAUUUAGGCUAAGACAUGGAGCUUUUCAGACUGCAGGCAGUGCUCUUUCUUGCGGUGGUGAUGUUUGGAGGGACGCCAGCUGGAGUGGUCAGGAGGAAAAGUGAUGGCACAGCAGAGUACCUCAGCCCUCCGCUGGAUGUUCAGGCGGAGAGUGUAAACUGUACUGCCAUCAGUGUAAGAUGGAGAAUGCCUUGGCGACAUGUGAGCACCACCACUGGAUACAAGGUCACCUGCACGGAGAUAAAGAGCUCCUCAUCUGGUAGAAAAGAAGUAGUGGUGGACAUUCCCAUCACCCUGGAAAUGCGGAACAGAGUGCAGAAUAACGGCCAUGCAGAAUUUGCCACGGUCAUUGGGAAUCUGGAUGUGGCUACUGAGUAUUCAGUCACGGUGGGGGCUUAUGGAUGGGCAGGUCAGGGGCGGCCCAGCAUGCCCCGGGGUGUCCGCACCAGUGGUAAGGAUCCCUGCAUGCGCCCAGCGCCCCCACCUGAGCCCAGUGUCAUGGCUGUGUCUGACACAGAGAUUGCAUUGUCAUGGCAACCUGAUUUAAGCGAUGACAGUCCACCUGUCUUGUACUUCCACAUAUCCUACAUCAGACCUGAGCUGGACACUGAGUGGACGUCUAUAAGGGUGCCAGCAAAGACCCAUUCCAUGGUUCUGAGAGGCAUGAGCCCUGAUACACAAUACCAGUUCCUGAUGCAGGCGGUGAACAUGUAUGGAGAAAGCCAACCAAGCCCUGUUACUGGCUCCAUCUGGACGCUUAGUGUGCAAGAAACUGGCAGUGGUCAACAGCACUCUACAGACCAUACGCUGAAUGAUUAUGAUUUAGAUGUUUAUCACAUUGAUACCUUCCAUGAGCAGCUGAUGCUUGAUCUCCCUGUGAAUCAAGAGAGUCAACCAUCUUUGGGAAAUUCAGAGUCUCAAGCAAGCUUAAGUGGUGUUAGUUAUGGCAUGAACACAUCGAAAUUCGGCUCCACCACGACGCCUACUGGCAGCACAUCUGCAUUCUCCUCAUCCUCAGAGCCUGUGAACCACUGGAGAGGGCCAGUGCGGCAGCUCUAUGAUCUGCCCUGCGAGGACACAGCAUGUCCUCCAAACAGCGUCUGCAUCGAUGACUUCACAAAUGGAGGCUCACGCUGCCACUGUGCUCUCGGCCGAGGUGGAGAAACCUGCUCAGACACCAUAGCUGUACGGUUUCCGAAGUUCAGCGGCUACUCUUACAUUGCCUUCGAACCUCUGAAGAACUCUUACUACUCAUUUGAAAUCAAACUUGAAUUCAGGGCAGAUGGUGAGGAUGGCCUCCUGCUGUACUGUGGGGAGAAUGACCAGGGAGAGGGGGACUUUGCCUCACUUGCUCUUAUCAGAGGAAAACUUUACUUCAGGUAUAACUGUGGUACAGGAGCAGGUCAGAUAAUGGCUCAGAGUCGGGUGAAGUUGGGAGUUUGGCACACAGUAACUGUGUUCAGAGAGGGCCUGAGCAGCUGGCUGAGAGUGGACAGUAACACACCGCUUACUGGACGCUCUGCGGGCGAGUUCACCAAGAUCACCUUUCGCACUCCGCUUUACCUCGGCGGCUCACCCUCCAUUUAUUGGCUGGCCAAAGCAGCCGGAACCAACCGGGGCUUCCAGGGCUGCGUUCAGAGCCUCUCUGUGAAUGGCAGGAUGAUUGACAUGAGGCCAUGGCCUAUGGGGCGAGCUCUGAGUGGGGCAGAUGUAGGCGAGUGCAGUGACGGUGUCUGCAUAGACGUCAACUGUGAGAAUGGAGGGGUGUGCUAUGCUAACCGAGCAGACUACUAUGUAUGUCUUUGUCCACUCGGCUAUAGAGGUCCACUGUGCCAGGAGUCGUUCUCCAUCUUCCUCCCUCACUUUAAUGAGACCUUGGCAUCCUACCUGAGUGCGCCCUGGCCACAGCCUGCGCAGCACUACCUGUCCUUUAUGGAGCUUGAACUGAUCUUCCUGCCUGCAGCCAAUGACGGCACUCUGCUCUACAGUGAAGACUCAGACAGCAGGGACUUCCUGUCAGUCACCUUGGUGGGAGGAUAUGUAGAAUUCCGCUUUGAUUGUGGAUCCGGGGCCACCGCUAUCAAGAGUGAGGAGCCAAUCAGUCUGUUCAGAUGGCAUGAGAUGAGGGUGUCUCGCACAGCCAGAAGGGGCAUCUUGCAGCUGGACAGCCAGAAGCCUGUGGAGGGCAUGACUGAGGGUGCCUUCACUCAGAUCAGGUGCAGCUCACCGCUUUAUUUUGGAGGCGUCCCAAACUACGAUCUCACAAAGGACAGUGCCUUAGUUCAAGUACCCUUCACUGGAAGCAUUCAAAAGGUCAUUGUAAAUGACCAUGUCAUUCCUCUGACUGCGGGUUCAGUAAAGGGGGUGAAUGUAGAGAGUGCGGUCCACCCAUGUGCAGACAGCCCAUGUGCCAAUGGAGGAGAGUGCCAGCCAAAACAUGACGACUAUGACUGUGACUGCGCACUGGGGUAUAAGGGCAAACGCUGCCAGAGUGCAGUGAGUGGAGCUGUUGAGGUUCCACAGUUCACUGGCAGAAGCUACCUCAUGUAUUACAGCAAAGACAUCCUAAAGAGAGUAUCAGGCUCCAGGACACACAUACAGAUGUAUUUCAGAAGCACAGCCCAGGAAGGACUAUUGAUAUGGAUAGGUGACACCACCAUGCGGCCCAACAGUGACUACAUGUUUCUGGCUUUACAUGGUGGAGCAGUUGUCUUCAGCUAUAACCUCGGCAGUGGGACGAACACCCUCACAGUCAAUGGAACGUUCACCGAUGAUAGAUGGCACAGGGUCAAAGCAGUCAGAGAUGGGCAGCUGGGCAAACUGAGUGUGGAUAACUCCACCACCAAAGUGGGAAAAUCACCAGGGAGAAUGAGACAGCUUAACACUGGUGGGGCCCUGUAUGUAGGUGGAAUAAAAGAAGCCUCUCAGCAUAGGCAGUACCUACGUGGCCUGGUUGGCUGCAUCUCGCACCUUACUCUGUCCACUGACUACCACAUAGGACUGAUGGAGGAUGCUUCCGAUGGCAAAAACAUCAACACAUGUCUCCAGUGAGGCCUCAUCACAUGUUCUCUAUAAAGCUGUUAAGUACUUACAUCAUAACCAGGCCUAGGAGACGGUGGAUGAUUUACUCAGGAGAAUUAGGCUAUGCACUGACCUGCCUAUUGGUUCCUCUUAAUCCCUCCUUGAAGAACUUUGCAAUCUUCCUAAAGCCUUACUGGAGCAUGGAGCACUACUUGGCUCCCACAAAUGGGAGCAGGACUUUAAUCUCUUGUUGUUUUUGUGCUUGUUUUGAUCAUCCAUAUAAGAGGCCUUCAGUGAGUUUACAAGGAUUCUUGGAAUCAUUAUUGAAUGAACAACCAAUGUGGCAUUUACUCAAUUAUCUGUUAAUAACGCGGAAUUCCUUGCCUUAACUGAAGCAUUCUCUGGAAUGCCUAACAACAUAGCAACAGUUGUGCUCAAUAUGGUUGUGGUUCAAAAUGUUUCCAUUGUCAGAAGUCUUCCUAUUCAAGUUAUGAAACAUUUUUGGGGUUCCUUCAACAAUUUCUCGAAUGGUUGCCUUUUUUCCUUUGUGAAUCCAAAGCACACAAAAAUGCUUGGUGAAUGCCAUAGAAGUUUGGCGCUGAAGAACCAUUUCUAUGUUGUGCAGACACACUGCAGCUUGUGUAGCUCAAGCUUGGAAGAAAUGCCUACUACACAGUGUACUGAACCAUAAUAAAUGUCAUCAUGUCAUGUCAUCUCUCUGUGGGUAUCAUAAGUUUACA